AUGAGCUUUUCAGACUUAAUUUCAGUGCUAUCUACCCAGUAUUCAGCACAAAUCACACAACUUCUAACUUCUCGCGACAAAAUACCAAGGUUUAUACUAGAGUAAGCUUUAUUCAGUCUGAUGGAGUUUAUUGACAUCUCCCCGCUCUGGGGAAUCAGUCUUCUUGAAAACCCUUUAGACAUACUUUCAGACUUUAAAAACUGCAUAAUUUCUAUUGAAAGAAGUUUUAUUCAAAAUAGCACGGUCACAACUUCUUUUUCUCUCAACAUCCAAUCUUCCCCAAUCUGCGUAUCUAGACUGAGCGAUAUCUUCUUGCACCCUAGAAAGAUGGUAAAUGUUACCUCUUUAGCUAUAAAAUCAUUAUCCUCAGCUAAAACUAUCAUAAAUUCUUCUGAGUUUUUUUGUAGAUCUUGCAUUGAUAGUUUCUCUGUCUUCGCUGAUUUAGCAUAUGUAAAUACUAUUGAGUAUCCUUAUAGCUGCAAAGUCAAAAAAAUCAUGCCAAAUGAUUUAAAAGCUUUACCGAAGACAAAAGUUGUAGAAAAUACUAUGAUGAUUGACCAAGAUAGUGAGAAGUGCUUACUCCCUCCCCCUCCGUGAGUGAACAAAACCAUUAGAAAAAUCGCUAUUUUUUGACCAAAAACCCACCCUCCGUGAGUGAACAAAAAUUUUUUUAAUAGAAAAAAUUUUUUUAUGGAAAAAAAAUUAUAUAUAAAUGAUAAUUAGUAUAAUGAAAUCUAGAGCUAAUUCUGUUUAAUUUUAAACGAAUUGCAUUUUAAAACAUAAAUUUUAUAAAUUAAAUUAAUAUUUGCUUUCCAAUUUUUGCGAAUUAGGAUUUUUUUAAAUUCCGAAAAAAAAAAUAUUUUUUAUAAAAAUUUAUAUAUAAAAUUUUUUUUAAAAAAAAAAAUUAGCCCCCCUCCGUGAGUGAACAAAAUUUUUUUGUUCGCUCACGGAGGGGGGGGGAGUUAGGGUCUUGUUUUGAUAUAGAAAAUUCCUAUAAAUUACCCUAUAAGGGAAGGCAAUUGUAGAGAGAAACUCUCCGAUUGGUUGGAUAAACUCAGGUUUCCAAACCAACUGGAGAGAGGUUCAUUUGACAGUUCUCUAAUUGUCUGCUCUUAUAGGGCAAAUAUAGGAAUUCUCUAUAUUUUAGAAGGGACGAAUAAAUAUAGUGAUUAUCAAGAAGCUAUCAUUAGUGAUGGAAAGCAAGAACUCUCAGCAAUAAUGGAAGGAGCACUCUGCCAUCAGGUAAAGCCAGGAGAUUCUGUAGAAGUGACUUGCAUUUUAACUCAGAGAUGGCUGAAAGAGUUUAUAUCAGGACAAACUUGUGAGGCUGAAUAUGUCCUUUUAAUUUUUGAUAUUAGAAAGGUAAGACCUAUAUGCCAAAUCCCUAAGAGCGGUAUUGCGUUUUUGAAGGAUUCAUUCUUAGGUACUGACGAAUUCUCAGUCAGAGAAACUAUACUGAGAAGUGCUUUUCCUCAAUCCUAUGGAAAUUACUAUGUGAAAUUUGGAAUUUUGCUCAACUGUUUGGCUUAUUUUGGAAAAGCUUGCAGCAAUGUUCUUAUUAUGGGCGAAUCAGGCACAGGAAAAUCUACAUUUGUAUCAUCCCUUCAAAGGCUAUUGCAAGGAAAUAUCAAAAUUCUGAAUGGUGCUUUAACCUAUAAGUCUUGUCUCAAUAAAUCAUUUUUAAAAAAUUCUUUAACAGGAAGCCUUGAAGCUGGCCUUAUGCAAUCAGAAAGCUUACUAUGCAUUGAUGAUUUUCACUUACUCAAAGAUAAGCCACUAGUCUAUAAAGCCAUGGAAUCAAGAAGCGUCAUAGCUUUUGUAAUGACAUAUGAAAAUAAUGAAAAUUCUAAUCAUAAAAAUCAGUUUGAUCCGACCAUGAAUAAAGGUAUAAAGCUAACCCCAGAAAUGGACAGAUUUGACCUAAUUCUUAAAGUAGCAAACUAUACGCAUGAUUCAGAAUUUUGCACAAGGAAACUGAGUGACAGCUCAAUGGAAGAGUCUUCAAAUAUAUGAGACGUUGAUACAAUAAGAGCAUAUUUGCUGUCAAUUGUGAGACCACUGGAAGGAAUAGAUAUAAAAAAUCCAAAAAUUCAGUCACUGCUAGAGAGGUUUAUUGCGUAUAUGAUCACUUAUAAUUUGAAAUUUUCUGAUGGAAAUUCAUCAAGUGGGCUUUCUAUUAGACUGCUUGAAAGUACAAUAAAACUGGCUAAAGCUAAUGCAAUGCUGAUGUCACAUAAAGAAGUAAUGAUGCAAGAUGUGCUAGACAUAAUGCUUCUAAUAAGUUUGGGAACUCAAGAUGACUGUGGAUUGCUGAACCAAGCCUUUAUUAAUAGACAGAUGUAUCAUGACGAAAUCUCGAGAUUGCUAUAUAACAUUGAGCUAUGUGUAGGACCAUCAAAUACCUAACUCCUCUUCCGUGAGCGUACAAAACCAUUGGAAAAUUUCUAAUUAUUGCCCAAAAACCCACCCUCUGUGAGCGAACAAAAGCUUUUAUGAAAAAAUUUUGAUAUAUAAUUAGUAUAGCUAAUUCUGUUUAGCUUGCAUUUUAAAAUAUAAAUUUUAUAAAAUUAAAGAAAUAUUUGCUCUCCAAUUUUUUAUAAAUGGGGGAUUUUUUAAAUUUUGAAAAGAAAUGUACUAUAAAAUUUUUAAACCCCCUCUGUGAGGUACGAAGUGAGAGGAAGUAA